AUGCUGUACCUCGUCGGGCUCGGUCUCUCCGAUGAGACGGACAUCACCGUCAAGGGCCUUGAGGUUGUCAAGAAGGCUUCCAGAGUCUACCUUGAGGCCUACACCAGUAUCCUCCUGGUCGACCAGGCUGUUCUGGAGAGCUACUAUGGAAGGUCAAUUGUAGUUGCCGAUCGUGAGAUGGUCGAGUCUAAUAGUGACGAAAUCCUUCGCAACGCCGAGAACGAAGAUGUAGCUUUCCUUGUCGUCGGAGAUCCCUUCGGCGCAACAACCCAUACGGAUAUUGUUCUCCGAGCCAAAGAGUUGAAUAUUCCUGUCAAGACCGUCCCGAAUGCCUCGAUCAUGUCAGCAAUUGGGGCAUGUGGCCUCCAACUUUACAAUUUCGGACAGACUGUGUCCAUGGUGUUUUUCACAGACUCGUGGAAACCCUCAUCCUUCUACGACAGAAUCAAGGAGAACCGGUCGAUCGGUCUGCAUACUCUGGUACUUGUCGAUAUCAAAGUCAAGGAGCAAAGUUUAGAAAACAUGGCAAGGGGAAGGUUGAUAUACGAACCACCCAGAUACAUGACUGUGGGGCAAUGUGCGCAACAAAUGCUUGAGAUCGAGGACGAGCGAAAGGAAGGUGUCUACUCUCGCGACAGUCUCGCGAUAGGUGCUGCUCGUGUGGGUGGCAAGACAGAGAAGUUUGUUUCAGGCACACUGGAGGAACUUUGCUCUGCCGACGAAGAGCUGGGACCUCCUCUACACAGCCUUGUUCUUCUAGGCAAGAGGGCCCAUGAAUUGGAGCACGACUACGUGAGACAGUUCGCGGUGGACAAGGACAAGUGGGACACACUGUUCAAGGCUAACUAUGGCCAACAUUAA